GACAACGAGAAAAGGAAAAUUAACAUCAUCCAAUCCAACGUGGAAUAAAAGAAUGGGGUGAAUGAAUAUUGUGGAACAAGCCAAGCCAGCACUCAGGCGCCAAAUCAAAUUAAGAAACCUGAUUUCCCGCUUAAACAUCCCCUCCAUGGAAAAUCAGAAAUAUAGAGACCCAACGCAAACUAUGUUCAUGUUCUGAAAUCGGAAAAAUGGGGUCUGCGACAAACCCAAACCCAAACCCUAACCCUAAAAAUGUGUACCAUAUCGGAGGUCUGCAAGUGGAAUUUCCCUACCAACCAUACGGGACUCAGUUUGCGUUCAUGGGCAGAGUAAUCUCCACCCUUAACCGAGCUCAGAAAGAAGGCCAUUGUCACGCGUUGCUCGAGUCUCCAACUGGUACUGGCAAGUCCCUUUCGCUUCUUUGUUCCACUCUCGCUUGGCAGCAACACUAUAAAUCUAACCCCAAACCCGCUCCGGAGCCGGAGGAUCCUCUAACCCACGGCGGCGGAUUUGUUCCUGACACUGCAUCAGAUCCACAAUCAGAGGCCAACAACAAAAAGCAGAAGAAAAAGCCAGCUCCAACUAUUUACUAUGCGUCGAGAACACACUCACAAAUUUCUCAAGUGGUUCGUGAAUUGCGGAAAACUGCAUACAGGGUGCCCAUGGCUGUGCUGGCAGCACGGAAACAUUACUGCACCAACAAAAAUAUACUUGGCAAAGAGAACCUUGAUGAAGAAUGUAAACUACUAUUGAAAGAUCAGGCAAUGGGGUGUCCAGAAUUCAAAAAUGCUCAUAAAGUCAAAGGUCAUCCAUCCCUUCAGAAGGGAGGAAGCAAUGAGGUGCAUGACAUAGAAGAUCUUGUAAAAGUUGGACAAGUGGUCAAAGGUUGCUCUUAUUAUGCUGCGCGUUCUAUGUCUGAUGAUGCACAGUUGGUAUUUUGUCCAUAUAGUUAUAUAAUUAAUCCAAUCAUUAGGGGAGCUAUGGAUGUGGAUAUUAGAGGAGCUAUCGUGAUUCUUGAUGAAGCUCACAAUAUAGAGGACAUCACUCGUGAUGCUGGCAGUGUGGAUAUUGAAGAGGAUGUCUUGGAUAAAUUACAAGUGGAGCUCCAACAACUUUGUUCUUCAAACACUGCAAUUUACCAACCGUUAUAUGAAAUGACACAGGGCCUUACUAGUUGGAUUGAACAAAAGAAAAAUAAACUAGAAAAACGCGAUUUUCAGCACUACGUGUCGUGUUGGACUGGUGAUAAGGCUUUACGUGAGCUGGAAGAAGCAAAUAUUUCAAAGCAGUGCUUCCCUAUCUUGCUAGAAUGUGCUACCAAGGCAAUCAAAGUUGCUACAGACUUGGAGACUGAUCAGCCACGUUUAAGUGGCAUGUCGGUGAUAACACUGGAAGGCUUAUUCUCAUCACUAACUUAUUUCUUCUCAAGAAAUGGAUCACACAUGUUAGAUUACCAGCUUUCCCUUCAGCGAUGUGUUAGAAAAGAUGAUAGAAGAGGUUUUGGAAACUGGAUGCAUACUUUCAGUUUGUGGUGCUUGAAUCCAGCUGUUGUUUUUAGAGAUGUUGCUGAUCUUUCUUUAUCAGUCAUAUUGACUUCUGGGACACUGUCACCAAUGCCAUCCUUUUCUUCUGAGCUUGGAGUUCAGUUUGAAACUAGUCUCGAAGCUCCCCAUGUAAUUGACGUUGACUCACAGGUAUGGCCUGCUAUAAUCUCCACUGGUCCUGGUAAUUAUCCUUUGAAUGCAAGUUACAAAACUGCAGACGCAUAUGAAUUCCAGGAUGCAGUUGGAAGAUCUUUGGAGGAAAUCUUCAAGAUUGUUCCAGGUGGAUGUCUUGUGUUCUUUCCAAGUUAUAAAUUGAUGGAAAAAUUAUGUAACCGUUGGUCAGAAACAGGUCAAUGGUCUCGAUUACAUACAGAAAAGUCCCUUUUUGUUGAACCAAGGGGAGGAAGCCAGGAUGAUUUUGAACUUGUCUUAAAGGGGUAUUAUGACUCAAUUCAUCAUGGCAAAAGACCUGCUUUAGGGAGGAAAAGAAGGAUUAAAAAAAUUGAUCUAAAUCACUUCUAUACAGUUGAUUCCCCACAGGAUUCUAAAAAAGGAGGAGCUGCUUUACUAGGUGUUUGUCGAGGAAAGGUUUCUGAAGGAAUUGAUUUCUCUGAUGAGAACGCCAGAGUAGUUAUUAUAGUUGGCAUUCCAUUUCCCAAUAUAAAUGAUGUUCAAGUUGCAUUAAAGAAGAAAUAUAAUGACACAUUCAAAUCAUCCAAAAAUCUCUUGAGUGGAAGUCAGUGGUAUUGCCACCAAGCAUUCCGAGCUUUAAAUCAAGCAGCAGGGCGUUGUAUACGGCAUAGUCUUGACUAUGGAGCAAUCAUCCUUUUGGAUGAACGUUUUCGUGAAGAAAGAAAUCGAGCAUUAAUUUCAAAGUGGCUAAGAAGACCCUUGAGAGUGUAUGACAGCUUUAAUCUGUCAUUGGAGGGCCUAAAAUCAUUCUUUGAGGAUGCCAAGGAACGGUUUAGCAUGAAUACAGUUCAUAUCUCGCAGAAUUUGGUCUUUGACAGUGAUGGUGUUCAAAACAAGGAACAAAAUACGAGGUUGAAGAAAAAUCAGAAACUGAACAAGUCUGUUAAUGGACGUGAGAAAGAUACAUCAAUGAUUGAGGACAACAUUUCUAUUCCCACACUAAGCAGUCAUGAUCUUGCUGAGAGUCAGCUAUUUGCUCAAAGGACUAGUAACACAUACAAUUUUGAAGAUCAUAUCAAUCCACAAUGCUGUAAUCUGACAGAAAGGUUGACUGAGAAAUUGCCAGUGUCAAUUACACAUGAAGAAACCUCAGUUGUCAAGGAAACCCCAUGUAUAGAUGUUGGUCAUGAUGCUGGUAGCCCUGAUUACUCGGAUGCCUACUCUAAUUGCACUAUAAUUGAGACUUCUGCUCAAUUUCCACCAGAUCACUUAUCAAGUCAUCAGAUGUCAUUAUCUAAUGGAAGUAAAAGUUCUUCAAAGGUUCAGUCUUCAAUAACAGUUACCCCUGAAAAGAAUAUAGCUACAACUAAUAUUCCAGAAAUGGACUCAUCUUUGAACUUGAGUGUUAAUUCUCACAAUCAGAAAAGGAGGAAGCCCUUCAUAAACCUCAUUGAGGAAGAAAAUUAUGGUGCACCUUGUGCCACUAGUCUUACAUGGUACUCAAAAAGCUCAGUGGCUGUUACAGAGGCAACUCAUGGAACUAAACCUGGUUUAGAGAGAAAUUUGAAGUCACAUUCUCCACAGAUACCAACAAGCAAUCUACCUGGUACAUGUUCAUUAACUGCCCCUCUACUUGACAAAAGGUUGCAGAUAUUUUGUUCACUCUGCAAAAACCCAUUGGGGCGACCUGAGAAUGAUCUGUUUCUUACAUGCUCUCUGAUUUCAUCAUCAAAAGUUUACUUAAGAUCCCUUUUGAAGCAGAAACUGAAAACAUAUACCACAGAUACAUCAGAUAGCUUACCAGUUAUUCUUACUGAUUCUUCUUGUGUUGAUCAACGUAUUUUGAAUAGAAUACCUAAAAGUGCCCCGGAACAGGGUAUUUGGUGUUUAGAAGAUGGGUGUGUCUUCAGCACUGUUUUCUGCCCCUUCUGCAGUAAUAGAAACAAUUUGCUAGGAGUUCAAGUCAUGGCAACCAAUUCAUCAAAUGUUCAGUUACUUGAACAGAUAUUGUUUUACUUUGAUUCUUUGGUAGUGAAGAACCAUGAGGAAACAGGAAAAGGUGCUUCAGAGGAAGAGGACUUGUUGCCAGUUAUUGACUCUGGCACGGAUGAAGUUGCUGUCUUAAAUUCCAUUGACAGAUAUUCUUAUCUUCCCCAACCGGCGAAAUCAGAAGUCUGGAAGAUUAGAAAAUCAAAGCCAAGACUACGAAGCUCGCCUUAUGCAGAAAGCCAAAGUUGAAGUUAGUAAGAUUGGAAUUCUGGCGCAGUUUUGGGUACCAUUUUAAGAACAUAAAUUGAGAUUCCAAAAGCUGACAAUUGUUGAUUGAAGUAAAUUAUCCACCUCUUUACAUUAUACCUUGCUUAAUGCAUACGUGUCUUCAUGGUUUUAUUACUUUGCCUCUGGAUAACAAGAUGUUAGCCCUCCAGUACAAAGAUGCAGAGCAGAGCUUAUGAUGUUUUGGAAUUUUGGGAUCAAUUCGUGACACUUUCUACCCUCAAGACCUCAAUACAUGAACAAAAGACAUGAACCUGGGUUUUCUUUUGGUAGUCCAAGAGGGUCUCAGUUACCACUCUAACAGAAUGACCUGUAUUGCAAAGCAAGUUGGAAAAUGGUGCUUUGUUUUGUACAUACGAUACCUAUUAUGACACAUACUGCCAUACUGGUGUACAGUAUUUCUAGUACUAAUACUCUCCUUCCGGUAGUCAUUAAUGAUGAAA